ACGAAAAAUAAACAAUAAUAAAGGAUGACAGCUACGAGAAGCUAUACAAAGUGUCGGGGAUGAAUGAAACCUAUCUAUAUAAAUAAGAAAGUGAGAGGUCUGACAUGGAAUAGUUGCAUAAACAGCUGAUCAAAUUUAGUCUGACAAAAUAUACUAUAUUCAAUGGAACGGUGAUAAUUAAUCCGUGUUUUUGACAGCUUUUGGGAAAAAGAACCAAUAAGGAUGGAAGGAGUUGACGACAAGAACGACGCUAGGCAGGGGAUGGGAAAACAAUUAUCGGAGGACUGGCAGCAAGGGAGGUACUUAGUUUCUUGCAUGAAAGAAAUGUAUGACCGAAGUCUCUGGACUGAUGUCAAGUUUCAUUGUAAAGAUCACGAGGAAGAAGAAACAAUUCAAGCGCAUAAAAUUGUCCUAGCGGCACGGAGCCCCGUGUUCCAGGCGAUGUUUUAUGGACCAUGCGCUGAUGGGAAAGACGAGUUUGAACUGAAAGACACAGAAAAAGACAUAUUUCUUUUAUUACUGAGGUACAUAUACAGCGACACUGUAACAUUGCGUGAGGAAAAUGCUUUUGCGCUUCUGGAAAUGGCUCACUUUUACCAAGUUUCAAGCCUUGUACAGUUCUGCGCUGACUACUUGGCCACCGUUAUUACAUCAGAUAAUGCUUGCGAAACUUUAACAUUUGCAACGUUUUACAAACUUACAAGUUUAAAAGAUACAUGUUGUUCUUUUAUUGACAAUCAUGCAGAACAAGUUCUGCAAUCGGAGGGAUUUAUGAAUUUAUCGGACGACAGUCUCCUGUACAUUCUGAAAGGUGACACUCUUUAUGCCAAAGAGGAAGACAUUCUAGGAGCGGCAGAGAAAUGGUCGAAAAAUAAAGCUAAAGGAAGUGGGAUGGAAGAGAAUGGCACAAACAUUCGUAAAUUGCUUGGUGACUCGUUUUACUACUUGAGAUUACCAACAAUGACUUCCAAAGCGUUGCUGGAAUAUACUAGUAGAAAAGGUUACUUUUCUAUCGAAGAAUAUGCAGAUAUUUCGGCUUUUGUCAACAAUGUUCCUGAUAUAUAUGUUUCUACCAAUUCUUGCGUAGCACGGGUACCUGAGAAAGAAACGGUUCUAGUAAAUCCCCAAGACGGAGAACUUGGGCCUUCAAAUAGCAUUGGCAUUUCAUUUAAGGUUUCCGUAUCAAGGAAUGUGUUGCUUUUAGGUUUUGUCCUGGGUGAAAUCAGUCCUUACUUGAAAAACACCAAAUCUAUCUACACGCAGGAAGGUCCGGAAAGUCACUUUCCAAGACACUUUGUUAAAGAACUUCGCUUUGGCGAAAACCUUGGAACGUUUGAGUACGAUUCUUACGCAAAUAAAGCGGUAAAAUUUACAACCCUCGACAGACCAAGAAAAAGAAAUUACUACAUUACAGAGUUGGAAAAAUUGGAUGCGUUUGCGCUUCCAGAAAACCUCCGUCUUGAUCUGUCAGGCAGCAUCAGCAUUAACGGUCUUGACUGUAGACAGACAAUUGAGUUACAGCAGUUACAACUUGAAGGCGGAGAAGUUAAACUUAAUCAGCCAAUAUUACUUGAAAAGGUGAAAUCCCCAUGCAUCGUUAAUUUCAACCUUUGCUAUAGCGGUAAUAGUGACUUACAGAUGAAGGCAAGAUGCUGUAAAAGCAAAGAAAGUAUAUACAGCGAAACUGGAUGCAUUCAAAUACAUAAUAUACACGGAUCUUUUGCAGGAAUCAGAAUGAUCCGGUUUAUGAACUAUUCUAACAGGGAAAGACAGGACACGGAUCCUACAGCAUGUGUAGGACUAUAGAGACACCUGCCGGUUUUAGAUACCUCAGUCAAACCAAGUGUGCUGUUAUUUUACUAGGCAUUACCAACUUUUAGUAACAUCGAUCUAUCGGAAAAUCGAUAAAUUUGCCUAUAUAAACAAAGAAGGAAAAAUUACUUAAACUUAAAUAGAAAAAGUUCUAUUUGGAAAUCAAAAAUUCGAAACCCCACAAAUUAAAGUUUAAUUUAUUCCGGAUAUUAUGAAUAUUUUUUUAAAAAAAUAUUUUAAUAUUUGGUUGGUCCUUUUUUACUUUAAAUAGACCCACCUCAGUUCAUAUAGACUCUGUAGGAAACGGGUAAAAAAACUGACUUUUUCAAAUAUAACAGAUAAAAUGAGAUAUUUUCCGCAAAUAAUCAAAAAUUCGAUACCCCUAAAAAUGUAGAAAAAUUAUUCAAUUUUCGUUAUGUGUAAUUUGUUUAAAAUUUAAUAAUGGUUUGUUUGGUCCAUUUUGCAUUUUAAUGUGUACAGUGAACAUUUCUUUAAAAAAAUCCGGCUUUUUCCGCCGUUUUCCGUAAGUACUCGAAAGCUGUUACGGAAAAUAUUGUCGUCUGCUAGCCUGAUUUUGUCGGUACAAGUUGUUAUAGCUCAAAGCCUAUGAAUUGUAGGCAACUUCACAUUGACAAAAAAAAAAACAAAAAAAAACUGAGAUUGUAAUAAGACAAUUUAAAUAAAAUUAAUUGUUGAACUCAGAAACGCCGAAACCUAGAUCUGCUGUCGUUUAAAAUAACGCUAUGGAGGAUUUAGUGUUCAAUUCGCAUUUAUAAAAUAUACAAAUGCUUUUAAUUUUCAUCGCAAAAAAUACUUAAAAAUAAUAGAUCAGGAGGUCCUGAUUUAAUGUUAAAUGAGCUUUUCGUGUUUGGUAAAGAUGUACUUGUACCAGUUUUAUUUGUAUUAUUCAAUAAGAUUUUUGAAAUGAAAUAUUUUCCAGAAAAAUGGACUGAAGGAUAUGUUAUACCUUUGCAAAAAAAAGGCAGUAUAAAUAAUGUCGAUAAUUAUCGAGGCAUAAUACUUUGCUUAGUUGUUUAGGAAAACUGUUUACACGUAUAUUAAAUAACAGGCUUAAAGGUUGGGCGGAAAAGUAUAAUGUUUAUGUAGAAUUCCAAGCCGGUUUUAGGCCAAAUAUGAGCACUACUGACAAUGUUUUUGUAUUAAAUGGUUUGAUAAAUCAUGUCUUAAAUCAAGGGAAGCAACUUUUUACCCUAUUUGUGGAUUUUAGCAAGGCUUUUGAUUACGUUGUAAGAGAUAAUCUUUGGUAUAAAAUGAUAAAAUUAGGUAUACGUGGUAAAAUGUUAGACAUUAUUAUAUCUAUGUAUGAAUCUGUAAAGUCAAGAGUAAAGUAUUUAAAUCAACUAAGCAAAGAACAUACAUGUAUGCUCGGGGUAAGACAAGGGGAGUGUUUAUCUCCCUUUCUUUUUUCUGGUUUUGCAAAUGAUAUGUCCAUCGAACGAGUACAUGUACAUCUUCAAUUUUGUAAGAAAUUGUUAGGUGUCAAGAAAACGACACAAAAUGAUUUUAUUUAUGGUGAACUCGGUAGAACAAACUAUAAAUGUAUCCAUUAUUACAAUGUUAUUAAGUAUUGGAUAAAAAUUCUACAUGCAAAAGAAAACAAA